CCUAGAAAGAUGUGGGAUUUUUUUUUUUUUGUUUUUCAAUUCAGUGUCCAAUAUUCGUAUUGAAAUCUGAUUAAAUUCAGAUUCACGCUGCUUAGGAUUCAUUCGGCGAAACGCUUCUUGGCAAAACACUUUUUACGAAGGAUUUUUUCAUACUCAAAAUUCAAACCCAAAACCUCUGAUUAAAGGACUAAUAACCUCCCGUACAAGCAUAGCCGUAGAUGUGGGACAAUUUUUAUAAUGCAAUAUAGCCUCACCAACCUAUGACUCAUCAUAUUUUAUUUAUAUUUUAUAUUCAUCCAUCACACCCAGUUUAUUUUCAACUGUGUGUUCAUAUCUUGGUUGCAUUUUCAUCUUAUCAUCAGUAUUUUCCUUUCAAUAACUCAUAUCCAUAUCCAAUUACAAAGUUUUAAGCAAAAUGACUAGUGAAGUUGUUCUUUUGGGUGCCUAUGUGAGUGGGUUUGGGAUGAGGCCAAGAAUUGCACUGGCUGAAAAGGGGAUUCAAUAUGAAUCAAAGGAAGAAGAUUUGGGUAAUAAAAGUUCAAUUCUCCUACAAAUGAACCCAAUUCACAAGACAAUUCCAGUGUUGAUCCAUAAUGGAAAACCAAUUUGUGAGUCCCUCAUAAUUGUUGAGUAUAUAGAUGAGGUUUGGAAGGACAAAUCUCCUUUGAUGCCAUCUGAUCCUUACAAAAGAGCUCAAGCUAGGUUCUGGGCUGAUUUCAUUGACAAAAAGGUCUAUGGUAGUGGAAGGAGAAUAUGGGUUACAAAAGGGGAAGAACAAGAAGCAGCCAAGAAAGAAUUCAUAGACUGCCUAAAGUUGUUGGAAGGAGAGUUAGGAGAUAACCCAUAUUUCAAUGGGGAAAAUUUUGGAUUUGUGGAUGUGGCCUUUAUUCCUUUCUAUAGUUGGUUUCCUACUUUUGAGAAAUGUAGAAAUUUCAGCAUAGAGGCAGAAUGUCCAAAGCUGAUGGCAUGGGCCAAAAGAUGUAUGCAAAAAGAUAGUGUAGCUAAAUCUCUCGCCGAGCCUGACAAAGUUUACGACUAUUUGUUGAAACUAAAACAGCGGCUCGGCAUUGCAUAGAGAUAUAUGAAGAAGCUCUGAAAAGAUUAUGUGUCUUUACUUUCUACUAA